UCAGUACAUUCGACUGGGAGAUGGACUGAAAAAAUGGCAGUUCCCAAAGGAAAGAAAAGAAAAAAAAAAUAUAUAUAUAUAUAUAUAUGUGUGUGUGUGUUUGCUUGUCUUCAACAUCAUUUUAUGGCCCUGAGUGUAUCUAUGCAAAUCCAAUCCAUGACGUAAAGUAAUGUGAUCCUCCACUACAAACAAUAUGGCGGCGCCCAGUGGUGCUAAACUUCUAUCAAGAGCAGGAUUGGGGGGUUUCCUCCAGAGGGUGUGUGGUCUGUGGGGGUGUGGCUCACCCUGGGGUGUCCAAUCCCAGCAGCACCGACAGUUCUUCUGGAGGAAGUGGAAGAGCUCUCGCAGUGUAGUCAGACCAGCUGUCGUCAGACCAGCCUACUCAGUGCCCAAGCAUAUCAUGAGGCCUGACUAUGUGAACAGUGGUCAGGUCCCAGACUGGCCAGACUACAUAGAGAUCAAAGACCAGGAGCAGAUCCAGGGCCUGACCAGAGCCUGCCAGCUAGCCAGACAGAUACUGCUGCUGGCCGGACGCAGUCUCAAGAUUGGCAUGAUGACAGACGAGAUAGAUUUUAUUGUCCACCAGGAGACGAUUCGUCACAACGCGUACCCCUCUCCCCUGAGAUAUGGGGGGUUCCCCAAAUCAGUCUGCACCUCUGUCAAUAAUGUGGUCUGCCAUGGCAUACCUGACACCCGACAACUGCAAGAUGGCGACAUUAUCAACGUUGAUGUGACUGUCUAUCUGGAAGGUUACCAUGGUGACACUUCGGAGACGUUCCUGAUUGGCUGUGUGGACGAGGUGGGGCGAAAGCUAGUGAAGACGGCCAGGAAGUGUAGAGAUGAGGCCAUUGCUGCCUGUAAACCUGGGGCUCCACUGUGUGUUAUAGGUAACACUAUCAGUGAAAUAGCCCAGUCCAAUGGUUUCCAUGUGUGUCCCUACUUCAUUGGGCAUGGCAUAGGCUCCUACUUCCAUUGCCAUCCUGAGAUCUGGCACCAUGCUAAUGCCAAUGAUAUGACCAUGGAUGAAGGGAUGGCCUUCACUAUAGAGCCCAUAUUGAUGGAAGGAUCGUCAGAGUUCAGAAUCCUGAAGGACAAGUGGACAGCAGUGUCUGCAGACGACAAGAGGUCAGCCCAGUUUGAACACACAGUAGUCAUCACCUCUGACGGUGUGGAUAUUCUCACCAAACUACCCGAGGAGAAUGAGCCAUCGCCAAUAGGAGUCUAAUCACUCUUUUCAGAUCAGCUGUUCACACCCCAGUCACAUCAACAUCUAUGAAGAGGAAAUGAAAUGAAUCCUGAUCUGGGGAGCACAGUCUUCUGGGAUUGACGGCAUCAUGAGAUUAUCUUGUGUUAACGUUGUUAGGACUGCAAGGUUUGCAGAGUAUCAUACGUCCGCUGGACUGAUUAUGUCAUGAUGUUAUUGAUGCUGCGUUGUUUGGCUGCAUGUGUGACGUAUUCAGCCCUACUAAUAGUCUCUGAUCACAUCAACCUCCAGCUCUACAUGGUUAGUCAUUUAUUUAGUUUUUCCUCUAGACCAAUUAGAUUCCGUGCUUUAGGUAUUUCCACUAAUUCUAUUGAAGCGAUGCCUUUUAAGUUCCUUAGGCCACAUUCUUGUCAUAUGUACAACAUGGCACAUUUAUUACACAAUAUUCAAUAUCAAUGUUAUUCUCAAACAUACAGGAAUUUGUUGAAAUGAACUGGUCAUAAACUGUUUAUCUGCUAAAUAAGAAUUGCUCAUAUUCCUGCCAGGUGAAAGCAGAGUCCACACAUAGAUUUUCAUUAUCUUUAGUCCUGUAUAUCAAUAAAUUGAACCCACAUCAACUGAAGGAUUCUGUGGCUGAUAUAGUACUGGACUCUGCUGGGAGAGUGCCACAGAGUCUGUUGCUGAGUACCAGGAGUAGUUACUGUAAAAGGAUGGGUUGCUUGGAGGGAUACAGUUCUGCUCACUGCUUGAGCCUCCUGUCUCGGUAAUACCAUGGGGGGCCCAGUGCACCGUUGUAGCCUGAGGAGAGCUGCUGGACCUAGGGGAGUCGCACGGGGUCUCCAGCUGUUCCAGUGGCAUCUGGCCGUUUCUACAUAGCUUCUUCAACUUUGAGCGACGGUUCUGGAACCAAAUCUUCACCUGGGAGAGGAAGUAUAGAUGGUGUUUGAAAUUCCAGUCGUACAAGCACACUGCUACCUCCAGACAAGUGCCUUACUACUCCAGACCUCUUGGCAGAAAGUGUAGUGCACUUGUAUACAAUACAAUGCAUUUACUGUACAUAUGAAAUACAUUUAGCAUAUAAUGAAAAUAAUAAUAUUUGAAAUCAUAAAUGAUUAUCAUUGAAGUCCAUCAUGGUCAGAAAAUGAACACGCACCUGUGUCUGUGUGAGUCCCAGUGAAGCGGCCAGCUCCGCACGCUCAGGUAGCGCCAGAUACUGCCUCGUUCGGAACCUGCUCUGGAGCGCGCACAGCUGCAGGCUGGAGUAGAUGGUUCUGGGCUUCCGGACUUUCUUUUGUUUUCCCUUUACCAUUCGGACUUCUGGCUCCUUCUCCUCUUUCUCUGAGAAAACGUGUAUGACCAUUAAUAGCAGUACUAUCAUUGAUUAACACAAUGCAUCCUG